AUGCAGUGGAUCGCGGCGGCGCUGGAGCUUUUGGAGUUAGACCCCGCCGGCCUGUGCUUCCAAAUGUGUGGUCGUCCUGGAAUACAGCCUGACAUAGAUUCCAAAUUUGCGCAGUUUGUGAAUCUAAAUCAUCAUGUAAUUGACAGUCUUCCUGAGCUGCCGGCCAGGCCGCUCUCUGUGACUGGCCUGCACUGGUACAUUCAGUCACUCGUUCACCCCGGCAAGUACUCGGUAGAGGGCCUGCUGUUGCUUAUUCUUAUUAUUCCUGUGCUCAGCACUGUUGCAUGUGAGUGUCAGCCUUCCUUAGGGAGCGGUGUCCACACCUGUGUGCACUCUGCCCAGGGCGCCUUCAGAAGCGCCGAGAAGUGUGGUCUCCUGCUUGCCAUGGCCAGCGGAUGGAGGGUGUGCCAGCCGAGUGAGACGGUUGAUGCCAGGACUGAAUCAGUCACGGUGGAGGUCCUCAGGGGUUUAUACUUCAGAAGGGGUGAUGGUAUUGAGCCGCUGAAUGCGGUGUCGUGUUGUCCUCUUGCCGGUCAGGCUGUGGUCCAGUGCUGGUUUGGAAAAGUUUGCUCACAGUGGCAGUUGGAAAUCUUUGGAGGGACAAAAAACAAGAUGGAUAAUCAAACAUGGUAUCUGAGAACUUCAAAGCUGGCCCUGGCCUUGGCAAUUAUCCGCUCCAAACCAGCAGACAAAAGCAGCAGAGAAUAUACAGAGCAUCUUGCGAGGAUGGUGUCCGGGCAGGAAUCAAGGUGGAGAUCAAAAGUCGAAGCCUUGGAAGCUGAAGUUCUACAAUUACGUCAGAAACUUCUCCUGAGCAGGAUUUUUUCGGGAUCAUUUAAGAGUGGAGACCCAUCUUCCCAGUUGCAGGCUCAGGAACCUAAAAGUUCUGAAAAUACACCAACUCUGCUGGAGGAUUCCGGGUGUUAUUUAUCCAGUGAGCAGCAGACGCCCUCAGAGAUGCCCCAGUGCUGUGGGGAGAGCCAGAUCCCCACCCCCUUCUCAUCACUGCCCAUUGGGAGUAAACCCUGUGCUCCCCCAGAAGAGCCUCUGUCCUCUCACAUGCAGUUCUUGCAACAUCUGCUUGGACUGAAGAACUUGACUGAGUCAGAGUAUCUGAAAACAGACUUAAGCCACUUUGAGAAUGCCUCUGCCACAAUAUCGGAUUCUGUUUUUCAGUUGCUGGAGGGCUUGAUUGCUUUUUACCGGGCACCCAAACUUCCUUGUUCAAGCUUUUGGACAGAAGCUAUUGAUACUUUAGCUAGACUGAUUGGUGAUUGUAACUUAUCUAAUCAUAUUCUUAGAAAGUGUUCCAAAAAGUUGGAAGAGUUUGAGAAGACCCUGGUACAGGUUAUUUUAAGGAACAACCAUAUCAAUCGGCCUCAUGGCCCAGGAUCUCCAGUUGGACAUCGCUUUGUAGCCAUCUGCGGCUCUGACCUGUCCUCACGACCCAGCUUUGGCAUCUGA